CACACACAGCAGGCAGCAGCUCGAUCGCUAGCUCCUCCGAACCGGAAAGCCAAGCCCGCUUUGGCGAUCGUGCUUGCUUGCUUGGUUCCUUCAAUUCCUGCCGGAGCCAGCGAGAGCUAGCUGCUGCUGUCGCGUGGUAGACGUCGUCUUGCCAGCGAGAGCCUAGCUCGAUCGGUCUCUCUGGUACAACGUAGGGAGAAAGAUCGAGGGGGAGAGGACGACGACGAUGGCCGGCGCGACCGUGACCGUGGAGGAGGUGAGGAAGGCCCAGCGCGCCACCGGCCCCGCCACCGUGCUGGCGAUCGGCACCGCCACGCCCGCCAACUGCGUGUACCAGGCCGACUACCCGGACUACUACUUCCGGAUCACCAAGAGCGAGCACCUCACCGACCUCAAGGAGAAAUUCAAGAGGAUGUGCGACAAGUCGAUGAUCCGGAAGCGUUACAUGCACCUGACGGAGGAGUUCCUGGCGGAGAACCCGAGCAUGUGCGCGUACAUGGCGCCGUCGCUGGACGCGCGGCAGGACGUGGUGGUGGUGGAGGUGCCGAAGCUGGGGAAGGCGGCGGCGCAGAAGGCGAUCAAGGAGUGGGGGCAGCCAAAGUCGCGGAUCACGCACCUGGUGUUCUGCACCACGUCCGGGGUGGACAUGCCGGGCGCCGACUACCAGCUGACCAAGGCGCUGGGCCUGCGCCCCUCCGUGAACCGCCUCAUGAUGUACCAGCAGGGGUGCUUCGCGGGCGGCACGGUGCUGCGCGUGGCCAAGGACCUCGCGGAGAACAACCGCGGCGCGCGGGUGCUGGUGGUGUGCUCCGAGAUCACGGCCGUCACGUUCCGCGGCCCCUCCGAGUCGCACCUCGACUCGCUCGUGGGCCAGGCGCUGUUCGGCGACGGCGCGGCGGCCGUGGUCGUGGGCGCCGACCCGGACGACCGCGUCGAGCGCCCGCUCUUCCAGCUCGUCUCCGCCGCCCAGACCAUCCUGCCCGACUCGGAGGGCGCCAUCGACGGCCACCUCCGCGAGGUGGGGCUCACCUUCCACCUGCUCAAGGACGUGCCUGGCCUCAUCUCCAAGAACAUCGGCCGCGCGCUGGACGACGCGUUCAAGCCGCUCGGCAUCUCCGACUGGAACUCCAUCUUCUGGGUGGCGCACCCCGGCGGGCCCGCCAUCCUCGACCAGGUGGAGGCCAAGGUCGGGCUGGACAAGGCCAGGAUGCGCGCCACCCGCCACGUCCUCUCCGAGUACGGCAACAUGUCCAGCGCCUGCGUCCUCUUCAUCCUCGACGAGAUGCGCAAGCGCUCCGCCGAGGACGGACAGGCCACCACGGGCGAGGGCCUCGACUGGGGCGUCCUCUUCGGCUUCGGCCCGGGACUCACCGUCGAGACCGUCGUGCUCCACAGCGUCCCCAUCACCACCGGAGCGGCCACCGCCUGAUUCAUCGAUUCAUCAACGAUCAAAUUCCUCCCCUCUCCGAUCCAAUUCGUCGUCGUCUCGUUCGUCAUUAUUUUACGUCGUCCGUCCGCAAAUAAUGUGCUCUCUGCUAUAAUUGUCGUGUGUAGUAGUAAGUAGCUGUUACUAUUUUUCCAUGUACUGUCAGUCGCACAAUCAUCAUAUAUAAUUAAUAUCUCUAUAUAUGCAUUUCAUGCAAGACCAGGGUAGAGCUAGCUUGAGGAGAAGACCCUUAUCGUUGUCACUUUAGCAUGCAUGGGGUGGUGAGGUAUUGGGUAUACCUGUGUAAGACAAGCUUGGCUGGUUUAAUUAUAUAUUUUUUUU